UUGAUUUCUCCUUCUUUAUUUAAAGGGAGGCAAUCUAAUAGCAUUCAUUGACUCUCAAACAUGAAUGUUUCCUAGAGAGAGUAAGCAAUAAUACGACGCCGUUCCUCAUAGAAUUAUCAAUCCCCAGUAAUAGGAGCAAGUUUGAUUUGAUACAAGGAUGUUGGAGGGAGAAGACAAGUGGAGAUCAUCACAGUGGUGGUGGCUACACAUAAACAAUAAGGCUCGUUCCAAUCGAUCCCUUUCACUCAAUUCAAUUCUUGCAGAGCUAGAUGAGAAGACUAGUUCAACACGGAAGCUCAUCGAGCAAGAUGUAGAGUCAUUUUCAAAACGUGCGGAGGCGUAUUACAACAUGAGGCCUAAGCUAAUCAGCAUGGUUCAUGAUUUCCACCGAAUGCAUACUUCAUUAGCUGAGAGUUAUGAUCAACUCAUCAAGUUUGAAAUUGGGAAACACCUUUUAACAUCUUCUUUCGGUCCACUUUAUGUUGCUAAAAACCGACUGAGGAAGUCGGUGAGCUUGCAAGAAAAUGUGCUGCAUAGCUACUCCAAUGGCUGUAAGUUGGUGGAGUUUGACGAGCCUGAAGUUGAUGAUCCGGAGGAAAAAGGAGGAGGAGAAUUAGAAAAAGAGUCGAGUGAUUGUGAAUGGAAGAGGUUGAAGGAAGAGUUGGAGAGACUUCGAAAAGAAAAUAAGGUUCAAAGGGAGGAAUUGAUGCAGAAGGAUGAAGACAAGAGAGAUGUUAUUCGACAGCUGAGUUUGGCCAUGGAUUUGUUGAUGGAAGAGAAUUUGAUUUUGGAAAAGAGUCUCUAACAUUUUUUUCUAGACUAUGUAUCAUCUUUUGGAUAAUCUAGUACCUCACUGGCGAGAUGAUACAACCUAUUCAUUUCAUCUAAUUAUUGAUUCUCUUCCGUGUUUUAGUCUCUCCAUGUAUGUUGGAUUUUUGAAGGAAAUGUACUAAACUGAAAUUGUUCCAACAUGGGGUACAAUAGAGAAUCUAUACUUUAAUUUGUAGUAUGUACUUCUGAUUUAAAGUA